GUUUGGCUCAUUCACACCAUGGACUGCAUUUCCAGGUAACAGUGGGACGAGGGGAUAUAUAAGGUCAGACAGAGUGUUGGAGAGUACCCCAGAAGACUAAAAUUCCUGCCAUGAACUUCAGUGUGCGAAAAGUGGUUCUCGUUCAGAUCGCCCUGGUCUCCGUGGCGUCAUGGGCGAGAGGGCAAGACCCGAGCACGAACAACAUGCUGGAGAUGGGAUCGAUGCAGCAGCCGGUGCAGCAGCCGCAACUCAAUUUCGACACGUUCACAGGGCCCGGCAACUCAGCUAUCCCUGAAGGGCAGCAACCCUUCAAUACGGUGGCCGCCGACGCAACCGCAACCGCCGCCUCCACCGGAGUAGGGAGCUCCACCACCCUCACCGAUGCCGCCUCCGCGGUCACCGAAGCCGCCGCCCCCACCGUCCAGCAGCCUGUGGUCAUCCCCCUCCCCGUGACCAACCCCCUCCCCGUGACCAACCCCCUCCCCGUGACCAAUCCCCUCCCCGUGACCAACCCCCUCCCUGUGACCAACCCUCUCCCUGUGCCUGGCUCAGAGAACCAACAGAAUAACGGCGUAAGACCGCCGCGCCCCCUCCCGAAACCGGGGCAGAUCCCUCCCGGGAUGAGCCCUUUGCUGGCCCUCCUCAAGGCCAUCUUCGGCGGCCCAGGCGGCAUGAAGGUCAUCGGCGGCCCCGGGGUCGGUCCCAUAGAAGACGGUCCCCUCGGCGUUGGAGGUCCCGGUGGGCAUGGUGGUCUGUUCGGAGGGAUGGGCGGCCCACCGCGGAGGAUUAGGAUCAUGAUCCUUCGAAAGCCGAGAGGAGGACGAUUCCCGCCGGGAUUUGGCGGGCCAGAGGGAAUCCAAGGCUUCGGGGGCGGUUUCGGAGGCAAUGGCGGAGAUUUCGCCGCUAACGGAGGAGGUUUUGGAGGAGGUAGUGGGGAAAUCGGGGAAGGGUUUGGGGGCCGAUUCGCCGGAAUGGGAUUCAAUUAGGCCAGUAUUAGUUUUAGAACUGUUUGUUGUUGCCAUUGCAAGUGACUGCUUGAACUUGGUUCCUUAAAGUACUAAAGGCCGUGGCAAGUAAAAAAAUAAUUCUCUUUUUAGGUGGGUUUUAGUGGGGGAAAAUGCUGCUGACAUUUUCGCUUGGAACUGUUUGAGAAUGUUCUUAAGAGAGCGGAAAAAAACACAUGGACUUUUGUGCAAUAGUGAUGAACGAUCGCCCCUCAACAAGGCAAAAUUUUAGGAGCUGGGGUUGGUACAGAACUUCUUCACUCAACAAAUUUUUUAAAUUGUGGCAGAUGAGCGCGUGAAAAAGCCCAUCGGACUUUAGCACUUUCAAAGAAUCAAUUAAAAGCACGGUACGUUGGAUACAAAUUAGAAAAUCUGAGGAAGGAGUUUUAAAAAUGCUCAUAAAUGAACCUUUACAGGAGCCUGUUUAUUUAACAGUUUUUAUACACCCUAUAGCCACGGAGGAUGCGAAGUAAGAGAUCUAAUGGAAACACAAAAUUUUGCUGAUCAUAGUGGUAAAAUUUACGCUCAAUUUUAAUAUUUCUAUAAAAAUACUGCUGACAGUUUCGAUUGAAACUUUUGUCAACUAUUCUCAAAAGAGCGGAAAAACACGAACUUUUAUAGGUAACGAGAUCGAUCCCGCAACAAGGCGAAAUGCGAGGAAAAUUGUAGGAAAAAAUCAGGUGACGUGUUUCUCUCGUUACUGCAUCGCGAUGUGACACAAAUUUUCACAAGCCUUCCAUCUCGUUCAGGGAGUGUGGUGAUUAUUCACCAACCUUUCCAAUGCCUAGAUCGUUCAUAUUUUCACUCAGUGCGAGGAGCGUUUUGAAUUUUCGAUGAAUAAUCAUCAAAAAGAUCAUAUGACAUAGAUUAUUAUCUUUUCAAUACUGCUGCUUAAUCCGAUUUGUACACGAAGCACUUAAUAUUUAUAAUGUUAAAUUACAGACAAAACUCCGAGUGAUGAUUCAAGUUUUGAGUUUAGAACGUUCGUGAAUUUAAACUCCCUUCAAGUGAUAUUGUAUUGUUACGGCCGUAGAAUAAGUGGUAAAUCAUUGUUCCUUCUUGUUAUCCAGUUCAAAUUAAACUGCGGAAAGUCGCUUCAACAAC